ACAACAAAAAAGAACAACUUAAAGGAAGAAGUUCACCCAAAAAUCGUGAAUUUAAAUAACUUAUUUUUGUAUUUAAGUUAUUUACACCCUUUCUAAAGCAGAAAUCUUCUCUGCAGCUGGUAAGCUAAAACCAAUAGUGUAGACCCUGUUGGAAGCUGGUGCACAAGCUUGACGGUGUUGACAGCGUAAAUAACAUCUUUUCUAAAAAUUGAAUUAGGAUCUCUGGGCUUCCAGACACUUAGAUUAGCUCUCAACAAGUCCUCAUCUAUUUCAGAUGUUUAGGAGAAUGCUGCAGCGCUGUAUCGCCGUGAACCUCCAGAAAGGUUUUGUCGCUUGGGGUGAACUGUACCUUUAAACCGUUAAAGUUUGUUGAGUAAGGUUAGUUUGUGCUUCUCAUCACAAAUUACACCAGUUUCUGUUCGACUGUGAAACAUUUUCUCAAUUUCAACUCAACUUUUUGGCCUGCGGAGGGGAAGUUUUGCUGGAUGGGUAGCUGGCACGAUCAGCAGAUGUUAGUCAUUAACUGGUUGGAAAUUGAGCUGCGACAACUCAUUCCAUCUUAGAGGUCUGCUGAGGGGAAGUUUAGUCAUACAAGUUGGAAAUUAAGAUGGCACAAUCGCCAGUGUUAAAGAAACAACCGACUAUUUAUUAACUGCUUCAUAGAAAAUGGCAGAUUGUUACCAUUCAAUCACGAUGGAGGUAAUUACUGUAGGCUGAAAGACACUUCAAAUAUGUUACCACCUACCUACCGUGACCUUUGCAGGGGUGUAAAAAAAGGAAGUGUUGCGUCACAGUCGCUGCUCGUGAUUUUAUUUUGAAAACACCACAGGAAGCGCUUCUCCUCUUUCUUACCGGCUUGUUUGCCGCUGAUGUUGAAGGUGCAGUACCCCCCAUCAUUCCCAUCAGAACUGCUGCUGCUGGGGUCCUGCAACUCUCUCCCUCUCUCUCUUUUUCUCUCCUCCUCCUCCUCCUCCUCCUCCUCCUCCCAUCUCCUACUUUUGAUGGGGGGGUGUAGCGGUGAAGUCACAGUGAUGUCAUUUUAGGAUGUGAGAGUCGGGCAAGGUGAGCUGGUUUUGCGGUGAGUGGUGUUCCCCUCCACGGCCAGCGUUGCCUGUACAGAGGCGCGGAGCGGCGAAAGAUGAUCAUCGCCACCGGCACCAAUUCAAGCUCCGCCGCGCUCCGUCCCUCUCCUCCACCUCCUGCUGCUGCUGCCGCCGCCGCCGCUGCUCACACCUCGGGCUAUGGGGCCUUGAUCUGCCUUGAUCCCGAAACAAGCCUUCACCACCACCAUGCCAAAGGACAACACAUCAGAAGAGUUGCAUUUCUAGGGCAGGUAACUUUGACCACGUGCCCCAAAGGUGAACCGGAUGGCCAUUGCGCAAAGGUGCCUCUACAGCAUGUCCAGGACGCACUGGACGCUGCCGGCAGUGAUUGUACUGUGGACUUCUCUGUGGGGGAUCGCCUCGUCUUACCCGUUCCCGAGCAGGACUAAUGCGACUUUGCUGGAGAAGAAGUGGGAGACGCUGUUCUCCCGCUCCUAUCUGGGGAUAAGCGGGGGGAAAUCGGAGCUGAACUGGGAGAGUGACUAUUUGCAGGGCAUCAAAAGAGUGCGACGGCUGUACUGCAACGUGGGCAUUGGGUUUCACCUGCAGGUGCUCCCGGACGGCAGGAUAAGCGGUGCACACAAUGAGAACCAAUACAGUCUGAUAGAGAUCUCCGCCGUGGACCGAGGAGUGAUCAGCCUGUUCGGAGUGAGGAGCGAGCUGUUUGUCGCAAUGAACAGCAGGGGAAGGUUAUACGGAACGAGAGUCUUUGGGGAAGAGUGCAAGUUCAAGGAGACUUUGCUGCCCAACAACUACAACGCCUAUGAGUCUUUUGUUUACAAGGGCUUCUAUAUCGCCCUCAGCAAGCAUGGCCGCGUAAAGAGAGGCAACAAGGCCACCACCGCCAUGACCGUCACACAUUUCCUCCCGCGGCUAUGAGAGAAACUGGCAAUAACUCACUAAUUUGCACAUGUGGAUGUUCUUCCAGGUAACACAGAAACGCAUAGUCGUGAUACACACACCGAUGGACUGCGAGAGAAAACACAAAUAUUUAUUCUGUUUAUAUAUAUAUGUAUAUUUGGAUAGCUAUCUUUCUAUAUGUUCUGUGCUGCUUAUUGUUUUUAUGGACGGGGAGAGUUGCCUGUCUCACUUUACCUUGGUGCUUGCUGUAACUGAACUACGUGUCACUUCCUUUUUUGAGAUGGAGGAUGAGCUAUAUCCUGUGCUUUUAAAGAGUGAAAUGAA